AUAUAUCCUUCACUACUUAGUUUUCAUAUUUUACCAAAGAGCCAAAUCAACAAUAUUUAAAUCAUCAACAUUCAGCUUUAUCAUAAAACAUCAGUUGGAUUAUGGAACUGACCAAUAGGUCAACCAAAAAUGAUUACAAAUGACAUUAGUUGAUUGGUGGCAUUUAGUAAGGACUAAUUUAUUUAUUAAAGAUUAAUGGAUUUGAUGCACUUUAUCACUGUUGAUGUGCAUUUCAAUGGAACAGUGCGCAGGAAUGAUUUAAAGUAUCAAAAAUUCUCAUAUGCAAUAUACUAUUCUUGUACAAAGUAAGCAUAUUUAAAGAUCUUAAAACGUGAAUUAUAUAGAAGUUCUUAAUUAUCCCUGUACAAAUAUUCCACAUGCACAUGGCUUUUAGUUAUAUGUUGAGGUUCUGAAUCCUAUCAAAAUAUAGUAAACAAGAAGGAUCUAAAAAUGUGCAGUAAUAUUACAUGCAUUUAUUUAAAUAAGGAUAUAUAUUAUGAAUGAACGAAAACAAUAUAUUCUUUGUUCUGUUGGCGCUUUAACAUUCCACGUAAUAUUGUGCAAACCGACAGCAGUUACAAAAAGUAAGGAUGUAUUUAUGAAACGAAAACAAUUAAACAUUUCUACGAAAACAUUUCCCUAAAACAACUAACUGGUCUACUCCAACAAAUAAUGCUGAAUACUACUAGAGCCUUUUGUUCUAUAAGGAUCCUGAUUCUUUGUUCUAUUGGCGUUUUAAUAUUCCAAGUAUUCAUACUACAUCAAAUAUUUUUCUCAAAAAUGAACAAUCCCAAUGGAGAGAAACAAAGGACUGGUAUUGAUGGACGUGCUGGGCAUUUUGAAAGAGUUAAUAUUGAGCCCAAUAAAAAUAAUCGGCAAAAUAAACAGGUCGUUGUUCAACCCCAUGGCGAGAUAUUAGAAGAAAGGAAAAGACAAGUUGAGAAGAUUUGCGAUACUCUAACAAAGAAUGCUCUAUUGAAUAGCAGUCUAGAUCCAAAGGAAUAUUAUGGGCAUAUUUACGUGGACCCAAUGAAAAAAAUCCUAUAUUGUUACACUCCAAAAGUAGCAAGUACUCAUUGGAGAGAGAUUCUAACUGCAAACUUUUACAAUAUGCCCAUUGAGGAACUUACUGUCAAUAUUACGGGGGGAGAUUGGAAACGGUGGUAUAAAGGCCACAUACUAACACCCCUUGGUAAAAUAGCUCCAAAUAAACGACAAUACAUCAUUGAUACUUAUUACAAAUUUAUGUUCACAAGGCAUCCCCUUGAUAGAUUUUACUCCACAUGGAAAAAUAAGUUCAUGGAAACGAAUGACUCUUAUUAUCGAGAACAUUUUGGUUCAGUCAUUCUUAAAAAAUAUCGUGAAAAUGCUACGAUUAAAGAUCUGUAUGAAGGUGAAGGGGUUCGUUUUGAAGAAUUUAUAAAGUUUAUCACAUUUGAAGGAAUCAGAUUUCGAGAUGAACAUUGGCAAAGUUUUUUUGAGUUAUGCAAGCCAUGUCAGAUUCAUUAUGACAUCAUAGGCAACUUUGAGACAUUGUCGGAAGAUACCAAUUAUGUGAUUGAAAAGACAAACUUGUCAAAAUACCAAUUUCCUCAGGUGAUUUCUAAAUCCACGUAUAAUAGGCAGACACUUUAUGAAAACAUUUAUAAACCAGACCUAAUCCAACUGUAUAAGAGGUUUAGAUUGGAUUUUGACAUGUUCAAAUAUACAAUGCAAUUAUCUUAAUGAAGUUGGAGUUAUCUUUGGACAUUAGAUCUACAUCUAUGUCUAUAGAACUGAAUCCUUGUAAAAGCAUAACUUUCAAUUGUACGACUGUACAAUGUAGAUUUGAUUUUGUGAAGUAAUUUUGAAAAAAUGUCCAUACGUUGGGAAAAUUACUUGUUAAAGGUUGGAGUGCCCAAGGAUUAUAAAUAGGAAUGUCAUCUCCAAUUUACAAUUUUUCUGGAACACUACCAAGCGUACCAAACGUCUCUAUGAUACAUGCUUAAAUAACAUUGUUGUUGUUGUCGUUGUCGUCGUCGUCGUCGUCCAACCGAACGAAGUUAUAGAUAAAGAGAAACUACCAAUCCAUUUGUUUGUCCGUCUGUUCGUUCGUUUGGCCGGGCAAUAACUCAAAUACCGGUUCACGGAUUUGGUUCAAACUUUAUAGGCUUAUGCCUUAUGGAUGUAGGAC